CCAUAUUUAUAGCACUGAAUUUGGUUUUUAAGAAUUUAUCGUAUGCAUAGUAAAUUAAAGCCAUUUGCUAAUGUGAUUGACAAAUUUUAAUGUACAUUCAAGUCAGAUAUGUACUAUAUAUCUUUUAUUGCUGCCUGAUAAUCCAACGUAUAUUCUAGUCAAUCCUCAUACUAUUGUUUCAUUGUUGUAAUGUUAACCAGUUAAAGUUUUAUAUUAAAAUUAAAAGCUCACUAUUAUUUUCAUCAUGUGUGUAUAUAAUAAACCUUCACAGGCAAAGAAUUAAAAUCAUAUCAUCAAAAAGUAUCAAUUUGGUCAGGACCAUUGGAUAUUAGGUCCGGACCAGUAGAAAAUAUAUCUACUAGUCCGAAUGGACCAGUGGAUUUAAAAGUUAAUGUCAAGCCCUGUUGCCAUUUUAUACUGUGCUGUAGCAACUGUUUUUGACAGGUGGAGCACUCUCAUGAAAGCUAGUAAGAUCACAAUGAAGUUUAAGCAGUGGAUUGCAUGGCACUUAUUCGAGCUGGGUUACCUGGCUGUGUUGGCUGUUCUCCCAUUUAUCGCAGCUAUCAAAAGCGUGGCUACAGUGCUCAUCUCCGGUCUCCUCCUGAUUGCCUUUAUAGCAGUGAUCAGGAAGAUAACAAGAAAACUUGUGGACGUCGAUGGUCAAACUGUGGUUAUAUCCGGAUGUGAUACAGGUUUUGGGCAUGCCCUGACAAAGCGACUGGAUGCCCUGGGUUUUACGGUGAUUGCCGGAUGUCUGGAUGAUGGUGGUGAGGGUGCUAGCAAACUUCGCAAGUGGAGUGACUCUGGCAGGAUACAUGUGGUGAAAUUGGACGUGAGGAGUGACGAGUCUGUGCAAUCCCUGGUCAAAUAUACAAAGAAGCAUAGUGAGAAAGGCGUGUGGGCUGUAGUGAAUAAUGCAGCUGUGAAUUUUCUUGGCGAUGUUGAACUCUGUACAAUGGACCAGUAUAAAAGCAUCGCAGAGGUUAAUCAGUUUGGGGUGAUCAGGAUGACCAAGGCUUUCCUUCCACUGAUUAGAGAAUGCAAAGGUAGAGUAAUAAAUGUGACCAGUGCUAAAGGGCGCAUAAGCCUGCCCAGCAAUGCGGUGUAUGGUGCCACCAAGUACGCUAUCGAGGCGUUCUCAGACGUCCUCAGGCUUGAGAUGAGGAAGUUUGGCGUCAGGGUCAUCAUUGUCGAGCCUGGUGACUUUGGAGGAACUACUGGAAUGCUCAGUCCCAAGUCUCUCCGAUGGUUGAAGAGCCAGAUGGAUGCAAUGUGGGAGUCAGCGAGCCCAGAAAUUCAGGCGGCAUAUGGCCAGGAGUACCAUGACGCUCUUUACAAUGGGGCCGUGUCUGCAGCAAGGGAAGCAGCUAAGUCUAUGGCACCAGUCAUCGAUGCCAUGGAAGAUGCUGUUCUAUGUGUGACCCCACGCAUACGAUAUCUGGUCGACGGAAGUAACAAAAUACUGGAUCUCAAUAAUUGGCUGAUUCGUAUAGGCUGGUUUAUCCCUGAAUCUACGAUGGAUACAAUUUUAGAUUAUAAGUAUAACAAAGGUCUUCCUCAAGUCCGUGCCAACAAUUGAUAACCCAUGGUUUUGUGGAAGGCCAUUUUGUGCCAUUACUCAACAAGCAGGAUUUUGGCAGAGCCAGAGACUUCCACUCUGAGAAAUACACAAUACAUAUGUCAUAUCUUUUUGUAUCUCAAGUGGGAUACCUUAUGCAUUUAGUGUGCUACAAACAAACUUUAAACUCUUUUUUCUAGUCCUCCUGCAUUGUGCAAAUUCAAAUCAAAAUUGUGUUUACACACCCAUCCAGUAUCUUGUUCAUCAAGUAUCUUUUAUAUCCAGUAUAUUGUUGAUCCAGUAUCUUGAUUAUCAAGUAUCUUGAUUUAUCAGUAUCUUGUUUAUCCAGUAUCUUGCUUUACUAGCCGGUGAUUGCAUUAGUUAAGUGUUUUUUGUGCAUGUGCUUUAACUAUUAAAAUGGGCUUAUCAUUAAAGUGUUAUCUUAUAAUUUUAUACACGAUUUGUUUUUGAUUUCUGUAUAAAUAUAAUUGAAAAUAUUUUUAAGAGUGUAUCUGGUUCUUGGUGCUGAUAGUUGAAUUAAAAUGUAUGAAAUUAUUUUUUUCAGUAAUUUGAUAAAGCUGUCUUUAUUCUAUAUCCAAUUUAUACAAGUGUUAAAAUUUAUAUAAGUGUUAUAUGUACAAUUUGUCCAGGAAUAACCUGUCUCAUUUGAUUUAAAAACAAUGAAUUUCAUUGUCAUUUCAAUUUAUAGAUGUAGAUGUAUGCAUUAAAUACAGUCGAAAUCUGUUCGCUCAAUACCCCAGGGACCGGCCAAAAUUUGUAGCCUCGCAAAUAAUUUUGACAAACAGGAAUGCUAACAUGGAGAUAAAAAAAUUGGUCCUAUACAUUAAGUUCCGACUCUACGAGAAUAUUGAGCCAAGCUUUAUCGAGCCAACAGUUUACGACCGUCAGAAUCAUGAGAUUCUUAUUCUCAUACGCCCUUGGUCUCUCCUCUUGUGUAUUGCUUAUGGAAUAUAUUAUCUUUUUUAACUUUACACCGACAGUGCCAUUUGUUAAUAUGCCGGUUAAUGAUUGCAUAUUUAUUUGUGUAUUGUGUGAUUAUAAUGUAUUAAGUGUUCAGGCUUAUGACUCUAACCUCGUGAUCACUGGUAAGAUUCACAUUAACACCCCCUAAAAGUUUCAAUAAGUCAUGAAUUGGUUUUAUUAAGCGGGUUAUUUAGAUGUCUGUGUGUGAAAGUUAACAUAAAUUUUUGGUCUUCUUAAUAAUUUUAAAUCGGCACUGGAAUGUGCCCAGCCUAUUAACUUUAUCGAUGAGAAGACAAAAAAAUAACACUUAUACCAGUUACUUAAGGCUGGACAAAGGAACCUGUCAUGCUGUUAAAAAUUUUGAAACCUUGUCGAGGCAGUUCUAACAAGUACAUAGACUACCAGUAACUUAAAGAUGCAGUUUUACUCACAACUAAGAUUUACCACAAUUAGUACAAUUGUUUUAAUUUACCCAAAAAGGAUGCAUAAUAUUGAAAACAAUGGUUCUUAAGAAGGAUACCAUGUUUAAUUUGAAAGAAAGAUGCAGAAAACAAGGUAUUUGUACCUCAUGAGACAAUAGGUGAUCACUGUAAAUCCCACCAGUCAUUUGAUAUUUGUGUAUUUUCAUUGAUUGAUUUUAAAUACUAGUGUCACUUGAUGCAUACAUAACGAUAUAAUCAAACUCGCCAUCAGCAUGAAAAUUCUAUCAUAUUACAGUACUAAUUAUUAUAUAAAGAUGUUUAUAAGUGUCGUACCAUUUUCAUUUUUGAAAUUGUUCUGAAAUCAUGAAUGAAAUUUUGUAUGUAACAAUCAUUCCUAUAUCUAGUCUGCCAGAGUAAAAAUAAACUUUCUGAAACAUC